AUACAGACGAUCAUGUCGAGACACAACAUAUAACGUAAAAGGAAGACAAAACUUUGCAAGUUGAAAGAUAUUGCGAUGGAGAACAGUGUCUACAGCCAGAUGUUUUAUGGAGACAGCCAGGACACACGAUUUACACACCCACCGAGUAACGAGGGCGAUGCUGACGAAGAUAACGAGGAUUGCCCAGUGCCCGCGGCCCCGGGGGCCGAUUUUCUGCCCGCAUCCCAGUUAGAUCCAUUCAUUGAUUUUGAACCAUCCCAGAUAUUCCGAAGCUCUCAAAAUAAGGCAUCAAAAGAAAAGAUUUUUAAGGAGAUUCCAAAUGACUCAUUCCGUACACCAUCAGAGAAGACAAAUCCUCCGAUGGUUUCUCAAUCACAAAGAAGACAGCUAUUUAAGCCGCCAACAAAAGCAAACCAUUUUCAAGCGCCUGGAAAAGGAGAGAGCAGCACUUUCCAAUCAAAUUCAUCUAAUGACAAUAGCGCGCUAAGAUCUGGCACACUGUCAGAUUCUGCAGCCAAUCAGGAUUUUUCACUCACACAACCAGGGAGUAAUGUUCAGAUCGUCUCACCAUCUACUGUACCAGCUCUAAAAAAGAAAUAUUACACUCCAUCUCCUCUUGUGUUAAAUCAAGGACAGAAUGCAGGAGUUGAGUUGAAAUCUACCAAAGAAAUAGCCGAAAAAUACAGAUGUGUUUUCCCAUUUCCAUAUUUUAACAUUGUGCAGACCAAAGUGUUUGAUGAGAUUUUCUACAAGGAUUCCCCUAUUGUUGUGUGCGCACCGACCGGGGCCGGGAAGACAGUGGUGUUUGAACUGGCGAUCAUCCGUCUCCUUAUGAAAACAGAACACACGUCAUUGGGCGCGAAUUUCAAAAUUGUCUAUAUGGCCCCAAUAAAAGCCUUGUGCAGUGAGCGUUGUUCUGAUUGGUCCGAGAAGUUUGAACGGUUUGGAUUGAAAUGCCGAGAACUGACCGGCGACUCGGAGCUUGAUGAUUACUAUCAACUCCAGCAAGUCAACAUCAUAUUCACAACACCGGAAAAGUGGGACAGCAUGACUAGAAGAUGGCGCGACAAUACGUUUAUAGUGCAGUCUAUUUGUUUAUUUCUGAUUGAUGAGGUGCACGUUUUGAGUGACGCCUCGCGUGGUGCUACCAUGGAGGCGGUGAUUUCCCGGAUGAAGACGAUCCAGGCGUCAAUGAAUAGAUGUCCCCCCGGAUCCUCAACUCCCAGGCUUAGAUUUGUGGCCGUGUCUGCCACCAUUCCAAACAUUCAGGAUAUCGCCGAAUGGCUGGGGGAUAAAGUUCCUGCUGUUAAUUUCAAUAUGGAUGACAGUUUGCGGCCUGUCCGACUCCGGAAGGUGGUGCUGGGAUUCCCGUUUGACGAACAGAAAGGCUCGGACUUCCAGUUCGACAUGUCCCUCAGCUAUAAGCUCGCCAGGAUCAUUAACACGUACUCUGACAACAAACCAACACUCGUGUUCUGCUCGACAAGAAAGAGUACCCAGCAAGCGGCAGAGAUUCUGGUGAAGGACAUAGGUAGUACCUAUAUAAAGACGUACUUCCAACGGCAGGCUCUUCAGACCUGUGCUAACUCACUCAAGGACAACAAGCUCAGGGACUUGGUAGCCAGGGGAGUGGGCUAUCAUCACGCUGGUCUCGAUGUCCACGACAGGAAAGCCAUAGAGGAGAUAUUUCUGGAGGGCCAGCUGAUGGUGUUAGUGGCUACGACCACACUAGCAAUGGGCGUCAACCUCCCAGCUCACCUGGUGGUUCUAAAAUCCACGUCCUAUUACAACCUGGGUGUUCACGUGGAAUACUCGGACACUCAGAUACUGCAGAUGAUUGGACGAGCGGGGCGGCCACAGUUUGAUACUACAGCCACUGCAGUCAUCAUGACCAAAAACCAAACCAAGCAAAAAUACGAAUCUUUGGUGAAUGGAACCCAGCUGAUCGAGAGCAGCUUGCACAAGAACCUAAUCGAACACUUGAAUGCCGAGAUUGUCCUGCAUACCAUCAACGACAUCUCUAUCGCCAUGGAGUGGAUUCGAUAUACGUUUCUGUAUAUCCGUGUCAUGAAAAAUCCUAAACAUUAUGGGAAGUGUAUGCCUUUGGGGAUGAACAGAGAACAAAUAGAAAAGAGGCUACAAGAACUUUGUAUGCGGAACUUGAACUUGUUGAACACACAUGGAAUGAUCACUAUGGACGACGAAACCAUUGAUGUCAAGUCCACAGAGCCAGGAAAACUAAUGGCCAGAUAUUGUAUUGCAUUUGAGACAAUGAGGAGAUUUUCUAAACUAGGGCCAACAGAAACAAUCGCUGAACUAUUGUACGAGAUGUGUGGCUGUGAUGAAUUCUCGGAGGUCCAGCUCAGAAACAACGAGAAGAAAACAUUGAAUACUUUCAACAGAGAUAAAAACAGGGUCACUGUUAGAUUUCCUGUAACUGGUAAAGUAAAGACGAAACAAAUGAAGGUCAAUAUUUUGAUCCAAGUGGCUCUUGGUUGUCUUCUGCUGCAAGACUUCUCCCUACAACAAGACACCACCAGGAUAUUUAGGGCGGCCCAGAGGAUGUCAAGAUGUUUAGUGGAACUUCUGUGGCUCAAAGACGAAUAUAAGUCUCUGUUGAGUGGUGUCCAGCUGAUGAAAUGUUUGAAAGCCAGGCUCUGGGAGGACUCCAGACAUGUCUCUAAGCAGCUGGAUGGAAUUGGGCCAGCGCUUUCAAACGCUCUGGUCAAUGCCGGCAUGACAACUUUUCAGAAGAUUUCCGACACAAAUCCUAGGGAACUAGAAUUGAUUGUCAACCGGCAUCCACCAUUUGGAAACCAGCUGAGGGAUAUGGUGUCUGGACUACCAAAAUACGAGUUGACUAUCGAACAGGUUAGUAAAUACAGCGAAGACACGGCUGACAUUGUGGCACACCUAGUUAUCGCCAACCCGGAACAAGUCAGCACGAGGAGGACACUUCCGGAAAACCACACAUGCGUUCUUCUCAUAGGAGACGAGGACAACAGAGUUGUUUACAAGAGGAAGAUAAUGGAUGCAUAUUUACUGAAAGAACAUGGAAUUACGAAGAAACUGGAGGUCAGACGGUCAGAGAAAGGACCCAAUCUGUUUAUCAAUCUUAUCAGCCAAGAAUGGGUUGGACUUGAUGUGCAGAGUACUUAUACUCCGUAUUACAUUGGAGCAAAGAAAAUAUCAAACAACGCAAACUCUCUGGAGUCGGUUCAAACUAGUCAGCCAACACAGACUCCCUCUGUUUCCUCUGCUGGGACCGAAGAGUGUGGCCACCGCUGUGUUAAUAAGGCUAUGUGUGGUCACGACUGCUGUCGAAAUGGUGUCAAUAAAAGGAAGACACCCAAGACCAGACCCAAAACUCCCCAGGUCCCAAAGCACAAACCUAUGGACUCCUAUGUCAGCACCUUGAAAGACAGAGUUUCACAAACGCCGAAUAUUGCAAAACGAUUAAAGAUGGCAGGUAACAACACCUUUGGCACCAAAUUGGACUUCAAUAGAUUUGCAUACAGUCCUCAAAAGAGGAAAGUUACCAGUUCUCGUCCACGUCAGCUUGUCCAAAACACAAAUGGUGAUGCCAUUGAAGAAACAUGUCUAGAUGAAUUGGAAAUAUUAAAUUCAAGAGGUUUUCAUACGGCCCAAGCCAACAAGGAUAUUGCUCCCUCUUGCUCUAAAGACUGGACUGAUCUGGACAUCUAUUUGAAACAUAAUACAGUUGAAGAUGAGAUGCCAUGUGCUUAUGAGGACGACGAUCAAGUUGAGGACGAGUUGCAAUACGGUUAUGGGGAGAAUCAAAAUUUUACUGAAGAGAAUGAGACAGAUUUCGAAAGAUUUAGAUCAUCUGCGGGUGUUGUAUCCAAAUCAAAGGAAUGUUUGAAAUUUCCAACACCACGAUUUGGUGAAGUCUUUGCCUGGAGUAAUGAUAAAGAAAACAUUGGACCAUGCCCUCUAUCGAGCAGUAGAAACAUGCCAAAGAGCUCUCGUCAUCCAUGGGGUCUUAAUCAAGACACUUUGGACGUUCUAUCAUGUUCAGAUGGUUAUGAUGAUAGGAAUCGGACAUCCUUUGACCAGAAGGACAUGUGUGAUGAAAAAAGCAACCAUGAUAGCCACGCAGAUAUGGACUGUUAUAUCCAGGAACAGAAUUGGAAUAUCAAUCCACCCCUACAAACAAGUGGUAAAAAGCCAAAAUAUAUUAAAAACAAUCUCCAAUGUUGUCCCCGCAUCUCUAACGAAAAUUGUUCUCGUUUUAAUUCUAAAAACAAGUUAAACACCAUGGCAUGGGACGGCUUAGAGUGUCAAAGGGAUAAAACAGUCCCUGAAUUGUUGGAUGAUAAAUCCAAAUCUUCUGCAGUGGAAGGAGAUUGGAGUGGGAGUGACAGUGAUCUAAUGAUUGUGGAUGACGAAGAAUUCAGGGAUAGACUCUAUUGUAAAAAUUCACCAGAAGAGAAAACCAGAGCCACUUCAAACUUUUCUCAUUCCGUACAGGACGAUGUUUGCCAGAAUAUGUAUUCUGUUGGCUCUAAUUAUUGCGAGAAAUCUGAAAAACUUCGAAAGGCAGAGCGAGAAAUGGAAAUUUUCUUGUUUGGAUCUGACGCAGCGUCCAAAAUGGAAACUAAAGAUACCGAUACUUCAAACGGAUAUACUGAAUCAAAAGAAAGUGGCAAAUGUCCGAAUAAAGUACUGACCUUAAACGAUAGAGACAUUAUAUAUCAGAAACCCCAGGAUUUCCAGCAGUAUGAUGAGAUAUCAACAGAUGUGAACUUAGCACAACAAAGUUCUGCUUGUACACCCUGUUAUGGUGGACCCAGACCCAACAGAGAAACGUUUAGUAGUAUAUUUGAUGCUCUGUUUUAAUAGUGUUUACGCCGGUUGCUUCAGAAUUGUCAUCAACUGAUGGGACGCCGCAGGUUUGCAAAUGCUUUCAUGGACAUGCCUACUACUGUUUCAUCAACAUUGGUAAAAAUUAUUCAUUCUGUUGGCAAAAACGGAGAUUCCACCGUGCAUUGUCUUCCAAGAGCUGAUAAUAUUCACGAACAAAUUAAGGAAGGUAUACUUAUACCCUUAACAAUCUUGAUUAUUGGAAUAAAUAUGUCAAUCUUGUUUUUGGUGGUGACGGACAAAAGGUUUUACAACCCCAAGGUGGCUUUUAUUUCUACCCUUGGCGUGGCGGAUCUCUUUGUAGGAGUCGUGUCUGUUGGAACAUUAAUAACGAAAGCGAAUG